GGUCAGACAGCCGCUGACAAAAAGUGGGACGUUCCCGGAAAAAUCGCUAACCGGAAGGAAAGGCCAGAGCCUCAGAAGAAAAAGAAGACGGACACCGCCGAUGAGACCAGCGAAAGAAGAAAAAGUAUUCUCCCACUGGUGAGGACUUCUCUUCCUCUGGCUCAUCUAGCUGCCUGAACUGAACUUACCCUCCCCCCCCCACCCCCACCCCCCCGUAUAGCUCAGCUUCACCAGCCCCUGCACCAAGCCUGAAGCCAACCAGACUUCCUCCCUCUUCUCCCGGCUUCUUCAUCUUUCUCCCGAUUUUCAACACAGCGCUAUGGCGGGGCGAGGCGGACCAGCACGGACCAACGGCACUGCAGCAAGCAACAAGAUCUGCCAGUUUAAGCUAGUGCUGUUGGGGGAAUCGGCGGUGGGAAAGUCCAGCUUGGUGCUGCGCUUUGUUAAAGGCCAGUUCCACGAGUACCAGGAGAGCACCAUCGGAGCUGCCUUCCUCACACAGACGGUAUGUUUGGAUGAUACAACGGUCAAGUUUGAGAUCUGGGACACUGCAGGACAGGAACGGUAUCACAGCUUGGCACCUAUGUACUACAGGGGAGCCCAGGCCGCCAUUGUGGUCUACGAUAUCACCAACACAGAUACAUUCACACGUGCAAAGAACUGGGUGAAGGAGCUUCAGCGACAGGCCAGCCCAAAUAUUGUUAUUGCACUGGCAGGAAACAAAGCAGACCUGGCCAACAAGAGAGCCAUAGAUUUCCAGGAAGCACAAGCAUAUGCAGAUGACAACAGUUUGCUCUUCAUGGAGACUUCAGCCAAGACUGCUAUGAAUGUCAAUGAGAUUUUUAUGGCUAUAGCCAAAAAGCUUCCCAAGAACGAGCCUCAGGGUGGAGCGGCCGCUGGUGGACGAACCAGAGGCGGCGUGGACCUGCAGGAAGCUGCACCGCAGGGCAGAAGUGGCCAGUGCUGUGGGGGUGGGAACUAACCAACACGACGACACAGCUGAUCCAACCAAUCUACAGCUUCGAUCAACCAGACCAGAUGUUAGCCAGCUGUCAAACAAUGCCCCCAUUGGUCAAACCGAACCCAUGGUCGGACCAACCACCCUAUGAGCAACACUGCACCAAUUAACUGUUUGGCAAGCGAGUCCACUGGCCAGUAAAGUGCCAGACCCCUCCGAACCAACAGACCCAAGAAAUCUACCCACAGGCUUAUUUACAGAAUCAUGUUUUAAACCCAGGACUUGCCGAACCAUGACCUCUCUAUUGAUGAUGGACACUUGACGUCACCUUAGGGAGGGGGGGGGGGGUAGUAGUAGUAAUCAGUCAUUACCAAUGGCACUUAAUAGGGCCUUCUUGCUCACCUUUUCUUUCUGUAUUUGUGUAGAGGAAAUAAAAUGAAAGCAACAGGAAGGAAUAUAAACAGGCUCAUUGGCCUUGUCCUUUCAUCUUCUGACCCCUGCUCUCCCAUGCACCAUACAUUUCUUAAGUAUUUCCAUCACCCUUCACUUUUCUGUCUUCUUCCUGCUUCCUGGAAAAGAUGAAGAGACAAGGUUUGUAACAGGAGAUCGGGAAUGGAGAGAUAUUUCCUUUUUGAUAGAGCUGUGUAGAUUGAAUUAUAACUUUAUGUUAUCACUAUUAUUACUUCAACUUCUUUUGACAGGCUGUUUGGUGUGAUUUUUAAAGCCUUUAGGUUUUACAAUCAUCCAUCUAUGUUAUCAAACCAUAUACAGUAAACAGUACUUUAUUAAAAUUGUCACCCAUAAGUAAUUUUAACAAUGUAUUGUUUUUCAGUGUACAAUGACAAAUACAUAAAGCAAGAUUUGUUUGCUUGACCAAAACCACAGCUGUGUAUUGACAAAUUGCUGUAUUUGUAUCAGACUUUUCAAGUUUAUAAUCAAUCAGUAGUUGUCAAAACAAUAUCUUCCCAAUCUCUACAUAAUGUUUUGUCAACCUUAAUUAUUUUGUGAUGGAUUUUUUUUAUGUCUUAAUUUUUGUUUCUGAAGAUCUAUGGUAUCUAUGGUAUUAAAUGCACUGGUUCUGUCUCAUCAUCUUUGUGAAUGAAGGUGUUAUCGUCAGCUUCCGUUUCUGUCUUUGUUUCUACUCUUCAUAUCAGGGAGGGAUUGUUUUCAUCUGUAAUGUCAUCCUGUUAUGGCAUCUACAACUAGCACAACAGUACCUGCACAGCAGCCACUGCUGUUAGGUGGUGGGUUCAUGGGUAGAGAAAGA